AUACAGACAUGAGAGUGGUAUCAAUUUGUCCUCUAACUCUUGGCAAGAAAGCAAAUAAGCAUAUUUCGCAAAAUGUCUAAUUUUAUAUUUAUAUUUUAAGGACAACUGUAUGUUGCCAGAUUCAGUUUGUAAAGUCUGGCUGUUGUAGGCCUAUAGCUGUAGGCUUAUAGUCUUUUUAGAUAGCUCUUAAGUGAGACACCCAAGAGCCUUUAUGAAUGACUAAUUCAAAUUUAAAGCUUAUUAGACAAUAUAAAAGCCAAUAAUAAAGGGUCCUGUUAAACUCUUAAGUUAUUUUGGUGAGGAUGCUCUGCGAGUUGUCAAACUGGGUUUUAGGAGUCUUCCUGCAUGAUGAAUUGUGAUGAAUUGAAGUGCUAGAGCUCCACAGGACUAUAUAUUAUUUAUUAAAUAUUAAUAAAGUCACUGCUUAAACUUUAUAAAAAAUGUCUUAUUUGAAAGCUGUACAUGGAAACAGUGUAUGAAUAAAAACUAAAGAUGAAUGUGAAAAGAUAAUGGCGGGAGAUAAAAUGGAGAGGGAGUGAUGAAGUUGGAGAUUAAGAUGAUGAGGGACAGAAAUGACAUCAUCUCCUACAGUUCUUGGAAAGAUGGGAGGGUGAUGUUAAGAGGAAGAUAAAUGAGAGGCAAGAGAGUGUACCCACUUCUCUUGCCCCCUCCUCAUCCCUGUGUCUCUCCUUCCCGAUGGACAACACUGGGGGCCCUCGGCUCUGUUUCCCCUACCUUAACUCCUCCUGCAGGCGGCUGCUGCGACCACACUCUGAGUCUGCACUGCUCUACACACUGCUGGCUUUCAUCUCUCUGCUCACUGUGACACUCAACCUGCUCGUCAUUAUCGCCAUCUCCCACUUCAGGCAGCUCCACACCCCGACCAACACCCUGCUCCUGUCUCUGGCUGUGUGUGACCUGGUGGUGGGGCUGCUGGUGAUGCCCAUCGAAGGCCUGCGCUACAUAGAGACGUGCUGGCUGCUGGGGAGUCUGAUGUGUGCUCUGACUCCUUAUAUUUCUUACUGUCUGCUCUCUGCCUCUUUGGGCAACAUGGUGCUCAUAUCCAUAGACCGUUAUCUGGCUAUCUGUGACCCACUGCUGUAUUCCUCUAAGAUCACCCAGAACAGAGUUAAAAUUAUAAUCUGUUUAUUAUGGGCCUGUUCUCUUGUCUACAAUGGUUGUGUUCUGAUGGGACACUUAAUGUGGCAGAACAGGUUCAGCUCCUGCCAUGGGGAGUGUGUGGUGAUCAUCAGCCGCAUCCCAAGCACACUAGAUCUCUUCUUCUCAUUUGUCGGGCCCUGUGCUGUCAUGGUUAUUCUCUAUAUGAGGGUGUUUGUGGUUGUUGUUUCUCAGGUGCGUGUCAUUCGGUUGCAGACUGCUGCUACCACUGUCACUGCAGCUCCAACCGCUAAAAAAUCAGAGAGGAAGGCAGCCAGAACUCUUGGGAUUGUGAUAGCUGUGUUUCUAAUGUGCUACUGCCCAUAUUACUAUCCCACUCUCUUAGGUGAGGACACCUCCACUAGCUUGUCCUAUUAUGCCAUUUUGUCUUGGAUAAUGCUGACGAACUCCUGUGCGAACCCUCUGAUUUAUGCCCUGUUCUACCCCUGGUUUAGAAAAGCUAUCAAACUCAUCUUCACACUUGCAAUACUGCAGCCUCACUCCCGGGAGGUCAAGAUCCUGUAGACAGAGCCGAAAUUAUCUGUGUUUGAUGAAACAUGCUGUCUGUAUCACCUGUGCAUGUGUGUGUGUUUUCUGGCCGGCCUCACUUUGAAUUCAGCACGUAAUGAGUAGCCCUCGACACCCUCCACAGUGGUUUCAGCUGCAGACUCUCUCAUUUUGUCUCACACUCUGCAGCAAAACAUUUAUUACCCAUAAGAUGAAUAAAAAAUAUUAAGUAUAACUUAACACUGUGUUGCAGUUAUAAAGAGAGUUACUGGCUACUGAGGGAGGCUGAUAGAAGGUAAAGAAACUAAACUCAGUCGAAUAAUGUACAACUAUUUGCUCAGCCUGCAUAAUACAGGUGUAUAUGUGUUGCCAUGGGUCUUGCAGGUUAAGCAGAUACUGGAUAACUGUGUUUUGAAGAAUGUCCUUCCUUUGUUUAAGUAUAAUUUGUUGUACUUUAGCCAUGCCAUGUGCUAUUGUUUUGUUAUUAUUGUAUGUUCUGUUUGUGCUUCAUACCAUGUGAUCGUGGUCUUGAGUCACAUAAAAUAAAACAUUUUAAAAAGUAUAUUAUUAAGUGUAGAAAUGACAAGAAUUUUCUAUAAUUUAGAGAAGCACAUUUUCAUCAUUUAGGACUUAAAAGCUCUGGCAAGAUCUCAAUUCCACUGCAUUUCAUCUCUGUACUGUAAUGUAAAAAUACGUUGCUUUUGUCUUUACUUGACUGUCAUAAACACCAAGAAACCCCCCAAAAUGAAUACAUAAUGUGAUGAGGCUUAGUACUUGAAUACUUUUGGCUUAUGCAUGUAGAAAUGAAUUAUUACUCACUGGAUAUAACACAGAAGUAAUACUGUAUGGGUUUACUGCUGAAUGACAAGAAAGCUAUAUGCAUAUCUUAUCAGUGCUUUAUAAAUAAUGCAUGCUAACUGACCGUGACUUUGUUAAUUUCUCUACUUUCUCGUGAUCCUUAGCUGGUUUUAUAUUCAACAUAAUCUCCACUAAAAGAUUUAAAGUCAGUAUGGUUUAUUGUCUUUUUAUAAAACCACUAUUGCUGUGAUCUAACAUAACUUUUAUGACCUGCUUCUCUUUAAAGCUGUGCUUAAAAACAUCAGUGUGCUGAUUUAAUUCUCACAAUUUAUUUCCUGUAACAUUAACAAUGCUGUUAAAUUUAAAAUAAAUAAAAGCCUGCUAUUUUCA